AUGGGGAAUCACAAGAACGAAGUCUACGAGAAUACGGCCAUGGAGACGGGCGCACAGACCCCGCGGUCGCUGCCGUAUCGCAUCUACACCCAUUCCUGGUUCCAAAUCGUCCUGAUCAGCAUGAUCUGUUUCUGCUGUCCCGGGAUGUACAACGCCCUCACGGGCAUGGGAGGUUCCGGACAGGUGGAUCCCACGGUCGCGGCCAACGCGACGGUGGCUCUGUUGGCGGCCACCGCGGCCACCGCGCUGUUUGUCGUGGGCCCCAUCUUCGACCGGGUUGGGCCCCGAGUGUGUCUGCUGCUGGGAGGAUGGACCUAUCCGCUCUACUCGGGCAGUCUGCUAUGCUUCAACAACACCGGAAACGGUGCCUUCGUGAUCGCGGCAGGUGCCAUCCUCGGUAUCGGCGCCUCGUUUCUCUGGGUCGCGCAAGGCGCGAUCAUGACGACGUACGUGCCCGAGUCGCAAAAAGGCCGUGCGAUCGCCGCGUUCUGGAUCAUCUUCAACCUGGGCGGCGGUGUGGGAUCGCUGGCCAGCUUCGGCCUCAACUACCACUCCACCAGCGGCACCGUGUCGGACGGGACCUACAUCGCCUUGCUGAUCAUUAUGGCCAUCGGCUGGGGACUGGGGUUGUUGAUCUGCCCGCCCGCCGCCGUACGCGUCAAGGAGCUGCAGCCCACGACAGAGAGCGAGAAGAACUGGCGGCACACGGCCAAGCUGACGAUGCAGACGCUGGUGGACUGGCGUGUGCUGUGCAUGAUUCCGCUCUUCUUCACCGCCAACGUCUUCUACUCCUACCAGCAGAACAUCGUCAACGGCAUGACCUUCAAUAUCCGCACGCGCUCGCUCAACGGCGCCCUGUACUGGAUGGCGCAGAUGGUCGGCGGCCUGAUCAUGGGUCUGCUGCUGGACCUGCCGGGCCUCAGCCGCCCCAACCGCGCGCGCAUCGGCUGGCUCUUCCUCGUCGUCACCGGCAUGGGCAUCUGGGGCGGCGGGUAUGCCUUCCAGCGGUGGUCGGACCGACGCAUGGCGCACGGCCUGAAGCAGGACAUCGAUUACAAGCAGGGCGGGCUGUCGACCGGCCCCAUCUUCCUGUACAUCUUCUACGGCGCCUACGACGCCUUCUGGCAGGGGUUCUGCUACUGGCUCAUGGGCGCCCGGUCCAACUCGCCCGCCGUCGCCGCCAUCCUCGUCGGUGCCUACAAGACCUUCCAGGCCACCGGCGGCGCCAUGGCCUGGCGGCUGAAUGCGCUGGACAAGCCGGCCAUGACGCAGUUUGCCAUGGACUGGGGACUGUGUAUGGGAUCGCUGGUGGUGGCGAUUCCGUCGGUGUUGGCCGUGACGUUGACCAGUACCGCCGAGGAGGUCCAGCAGGAGACGAAGACGGUGGGUGAUGCAGUAAGAUAG